AUGGCUACGCCGAGGACGAAGAAGCCAGUGCCUUCCUGGAUAGAGAACCCCUACCCGCAUGUCGAACACAGUCUAAUAUCCUUCCCUCGAAAACACAUCCUCCUCGUCACAAUCAACCGGCCGGAGCAUAUGAACUGUCUCCCCGUGGAGGCGACAAUAGAGCUCGGUGCAUUGUGGAAAUGGUAUGAUGCCGAACCGGAGCUACGAUGCGCUGUGUUUACGGGGGCCGGAACCAAGGCCUUUUGCGCCGGCAUGGAUCUGAAGCAAAGAUUUGAUAUAAUCAAGACAAACGAUGUCGCCUUUGACUAUCCGCCGGGUCAGUUUGCGGGCAUGAGCAAUCGAACCGGCAGGAAACCAAUCAUUGUCGCGUGCAACGGCCAUGCUCACGGCGGUGGCUUCGAAGCCAUACUCAACGCAGAUGUCAUCUUCGCUUCGCCAAACGCGACUUUUCGUCUCCCCGAAGUCCUCCGCGGCGUCUCUGCCCUCGCAGGGGCAUUGCCUCGCUGCAUGAUGCUCUUCGGCAACCACCGAACGAUGGACCUCGUCCUCACAGGCCGGACAAUGUCUGUAGAGGAGGCGCACAAUUGGGGAUUAGUCAAAGAGAUCGUCCCUCAAGAGAAGCUGCUUGAGAGAGCACUCGACUAUGCCAGUCAGAUCGCUGCACUAAGUCCAGACAGCGUCAUUAUCUCGCGAUUGGCGGCGCGGGAGGCAUGGGAGACGGGGGUCAGCAGAGCGACUAUGCGCGGACAGGAGUUGUGGGCUGAAGUGAUGCUCCGGAGUAAGAACGCAACUGAAGGACUGGCGGCAUAUCGCGAGAAGAGGGAUCCCAAGUGGUUUCCUUCGCAUCUGUAG